ACUCAUUCAUAUCGGGGUUGUGCCAGGCUUACGUGGAGUGGUGAUUAAAAGCAGCAUUUCUGUGUUUUAUCAGGAGAGACUGGCCCAGCAGCAGCAAUCCAAGCCUGUUUUCUUCCACUAUGAACCCUAACCCACUGUAGCCCAUGGCAGGAAACCUGCCAGCAUGCCGGAUCUCUUCACACAAACACCGAACCCUUGCUACUUUGCUUGAUACAGUCAGCGCUGCACUGGCGGACAGAUGUCGCGACUCAGGACCACACUGGACAGUGUCACCAAGGCAGUAGGCAGCACCGACCUCAUCUCCAAGUUCUCCCGUCUGAAACCUGGCGGUGCCGCAGCGGACGGCGCAGAAAAGGCUCUGGUCAAAGCCGAGGCCGUAACUUCGAACAACAAAGCUGCAGCUUCAGCUCCUGACACGAUGAAGGAAGAAGGUGGUGAAAAGAGUGGAGCUGUGGAAGAGUCGGAGAAGCCAUGCCCGCAGGUUACAGAAAAACCUUUUGUUGUGACGAAGAAGUCCGGCUUGGCUUCAGCUGCAAAUCUCUCCACACCAGGUUCCUCCUCCAAUGUGGCAAAACAAACCAUGCAGCUGUUCCACCCAACAGCUCUAUCCAGCAUGGAUGAGACCUAUAAGACCCUGUCCCAUCACAUCAAUAGUUACUUUGGCAGCAACCCUCAGGGGGAAGAUGGAAACAACAAGCAGCAGCAGAGCAGAGAAGAGGAUGUUCCUCCUCCGGAUCCAAUUUCUUCUGCCCCUCAAAGAACAGAGCAACACAUUCCUGUUUUGUCCCCAGUGGCUAAGAGCGAUGGAGCACCCACUACCUCUCCUGUACCGCCCGCUCCAUCAGAAAAGUCCAGUCCUGUUGGCAACGUCCCUCCUUCAGAAGCCUCUGCAAGUCAAAGCGUAGCUCAGCCAACCCCUCCUAAAAAGGGAUUCACCCAGUACCUGUCCUACCCUCGACCCAGCGUUCAGGCUUUUGUCGGCAGCUACAUCGCCCCUCUGGUCCCCAAGUUUAGAGGUGAGAAAGAUAAAACCUCUGCGGAUGAGCAGGUUGUGGACAAAGCAGCCGAGAAGGCGGAGAGUGAAGAGAACGCCGAGAAAGCCAAACAGCUGGUGAUUCAAAGGGAAAAGAUUACAGUCAGAGUGGGUGUGGACAACCGGACCAGAGCUCUGGUGAAACGCCUGCAGAAAGUCUCUGAUGCCAAACUCCUCACUACUCGAGUUGAAGAGCUCAGCUACCAUCUGCUGGAGUAUCCUGAGACCCGCGGUGUGGCCAUCAAAGAGAGUGCGCUUCCCUGCCUGCUGCGACUGCGUCAGGGCAGAGACCUUCCACUUCAGGCUGCUGUGAGAGAAGCUCUGGCGCUGGUCGGCUACUCUGAACCCGUGAAAGGCCGAGGGAUCCGAGUCCUGUCCAUCGAUGGAGGAGGAACAAGGGGGCUGCUGGCUCUGCAAACUCUCCAGAAACUGCAGGACAUGACAGGAAAAAGAAUCCACCAGCUCUUCGACUACAUCUGUGGCGUCAGCACAGGUGCCAUCCUGGCCUUCAUGUUGGGGAUUUUUCAGAUCCCCCUGGAAGAGUGUGAGGACAUGUACAGGAAGCUGGGCUCGGACGUCUUCAACCAGAACGUCAUCGUCGGGACGGUGAAGAUGAGCUGGAGCCACGCUUUCUAUGACAGUGAAAUCUGGGAAAAUAUUCUCAAAGAACGGAUGGGAGAAAUGAGUAUGAUUGAGAGCGCCCGAGAUCCAAACUGCCCAAAAGUGGCGGCAGUGAGCACCAUCGUGAACAGAGGCUUGCCCCUCAAGGCCUUUGUGUUCAGGAACUACAGGCUCAUGCCAGGAGUGAGAUCCCACUACCUCGGAGACUGCAAACACAAGAUGUGGCAGGCCAUCAGGGCCUCGUCUGCCGCGCCGGGAUACUUCCAGGAAUUUGUGCUGGGAAAAGACCUUCACCAGGAUGGGGGACUCCUGAUCAACAACCCGACAGCUCUGGCCAUCCACGAGUGCAAGUGUCUGUGGCCGAACACGCCGCUGCAGUGCGUGCUGUCCCUGGGCACCGGGCGCUACGAGGCCAUGGGCAAAAACGGCACGACCUACACCAGCUUGAAGACCAAGCUCACCAACGUGAUCAGCAGCGCCACCGACACCGAGGAGGUGCACACCAUGCUGGACGCCCUCCUGCCGCCGGACACCUACUUCCGCUUCAACCCGUACAUCACCGAGGACGUCCCGCUGAACGAGAGCCGCCGGGAGAAGCUGAACUUCCUCAAGGGCGAGGGCGAGCGCUACCUGGAGCGCAACGAGGCCAAGCUGAAGAAGGCGGCCAGCGUGCUGGGCCAGGAGAAGGGCGCCAUUCAGAGACUGGCCGAGUGGGCCAAGCUCAAGGCCGACAUGUACGAGGGGCUCCCCUUCGUGUCCAAGCUGUAAGUGUUAGCCUGACGACGAGAAAAGGUCAUAAGGUCAGGAGAUUUUAAAAGAAAAUUAUGAAAAUGGGCACACUUGGUUAAUCUUGGGGAAAGUGAAAAGCCCAAAGUUUACAAGGUCCAAUCACUCAUCUACCUAACACUGAAACCUGAUUAUUUAUUCAUAUUAACACUAUAAGUAGUGUGUUCAUGUGUGACAUGGAACAGAAUGUGUCUGCGAUGGAGACGGAAUAUGAUUCAUUUUUUGGAACAUCAAUGAAAGUUUUAUGAAAGUGGCCAAAAGUGUUGAGUUGAGUGGAUUUGAAGCGCACAAAGGCGGGAGUCUGGAAAUGAAGAAUAAACGCCAGCGUGAUCGUUUUUCCAGGCUCGUUUUUGUUGAACUUUUAUUAAGUUGAAUACUUUAAGAUGUAAUUUAGUACGUGAUUGCACAGUGAGAAUUAAAACAUGACUGCCUCGUUGUUAUACUGU